AUGCCAUUCCUUUUAAGUGGACCAAGAAAUCUCGCAUCUGAUCCACAACAAUAUCACCAGCAAGAGGGUGCUGCAACUGAGAAUUCACCAGUUUCUCCAGAGAGAAUUGUUUUUAAUGUUAGCGGUCUAGUGUUUGAGACCUAUGCUACCACGCUGCAUAGAUUUCCAAGCACUCUUCUCGGUGACCCCGUGAAGCGCGCCACAUUUUUUGAUCCUCAUCGUGGACACUACUUUUUUGACAGACAUCGGGAAAGUUUUGAAAGUAUUUUAUUUUACUACCAAAGUAAUGGUCUUAUUCAACGUCCCUUGACAGUAUCUCUUGCGGUGUUUUUGGAAGAAGUAAAGUUUUUUCAGCUUGGGGAAAAAGUUAUACGAAUUUUGCUAAGGGACGAAGGUCUGAAAUCUGUCGAGGAUAUUUUAUUGCCCGAUGAUGCUAUUCGGCGAAAUAUGUGGUUGUUUGUUGAAUAUCCCUUGAGCUCUUGCUACGCCAGGUGGUUUUAUUUCUUCUCCAUGACAAUGAUUUUGAUAUCUGUGGCGAGCUUUUGUCUGGAGACACUACCAAUGUUUAUUACCUACCAUGUAGAUAUUAGCAGUUCAGUUCCAAAAUUUACAACUGACAACAUUUUCUUCAAAGAAGAGUUUUUUUACCUAGAAUUAGCUUGUAUGGUAUGGUUUACUAUUGAGAUAGUCAUACGGUUUUACAGUUGUCCCAACAGAUAUUUAUUCUUUAAAAGUGCCUUGAAUAUCCUUGACAUUGCCUCCAUUUUGCCAUUUUAUGCAUUGGUGGUAAUGAUGUGUUUUGAAAUUCCUAUUACAUCUCCUACAGUUUAUUUACGGUUUUUCCGUUUUCUGCGACUUUUUCGUGUUGUUCGAGUUCUGAAACUCUCCCGUCACUCAAAGGGCCUACAAGUGCUUGCCAAGACUAUGGUGACGAGCGGUCGUGAGCUUACCCUUUUGCUAUUUUUCGUAAUUGUGUGUGUGGUACUUUUUGCUACCGCAGUUUAUUACGCGGAAUUGGACUCUCGUCCAAACAGCUUCACCAGCAUUCCCGACUCCUUUUGGUGGGCUGUGGUGACGAUGACCACUGUGGGCUACGGGGAUAUGCGUCCACAAACGAUGCUAGGUAAAUUCGUUGGGUGCUUAUGUGCCGUUGCUGGAGUUCUUACAAUCGCACUUCCAGUUCCUGUGAUUGUUUCCAAUUUCAACUACUUUUACGUAAAGGAGAAGGAAAAUGAAGAACUCAUUAACUACGCCGUUUUGAAUCGCCGAAGGGUUCGUGAAAAUAACAGCUCUAGUGUGAACAUUCCAAAAUCUUUUGAUCGGACAGGCAAUUACGAUGAAGAAAUUACGUCGGUGACUGAAAGAGAUGCUCUCUACGUUAGAAGAGUCAGUAACUGGCCAAAUCAUUCGCAAACUUUUAACCAUAUUUAUCGAGAAGAUGCUCCAAUUAACCAAAGGAAGCAUAGCAGAUAA